AUGGGCGGCCUCUCCAUGGACCAGGCCUUCGUGCAGGCCCCCGAGCACCGCCCCAAGGCGGCCCUCGCCGAGGCUGCCGGCAUCCCGGUGAUCGACAUCUCCCCUUUAGCCGGCGGUGACGAGGCCAGCGUGGAGGCGCUGGCGGCCGAGGUGGGCAAGGCGAGCCGUGAGUGGGGGUUCUUCGUCGUGGUGCGCCACGGCGUGCCCGACGAUACGAUGGCGCGUGCGCUCGAGGCGCAGAGGGCAUUCUUCGCGAUGACGCCGGAGCAGAAGGCCGCCGUGCGGAGGGACGAGGCGGCGCCGCUCGGCUACUACGAGUCCGAGCACACCAAGAACGUUAGGGACUGGAAGGAGGUGUUCGACCUCGUCCCGCGUGAGCCACCGCCGCCAGCCGCCGUGGCCGACGGCCAGCUCGUGUUCGAGAACAAGUGGCCGCAGGACCUGCCCGGGUUCAGAGAGGCGCUGGAGGAGUACGGCAAUGCGAUGGAGCAGCUGGCCUUGAACCUGAUGGAGCUGAUCGCGCGGAGCCUGGGGCUGAGACCGGACCGGCUCAAGGGCUUCUUCAAGGACGACCAGACCACCUUCAUCCGGCUCAACCACUACCCGCCCUGCCCGAGCCCCGACCUCGCGCUCGGCGUCGGCCGCCACAAGGACGCUGGCGCGCUCACCGUCCUCUACCAGGACGACGUCGGCGGGCUCGACGUCCGGCGCCGGUCCGACGGCGAGUGGGUGCGCGUCAGGCCUGUCCCGGAUUCUUUCAUCAUCAACGUCGGCGACAUCGUCCAGGUCUGGAGCAACGACAGGUACGAGAGCGCCGAGCACAGGGUGUCGGUGAACUCCCACAAGGAGAGGUUCUCCAUGCCCUACUUCUUCAACCCCGGCAGCGGCGCCAUGAUCGAGCCGCUGGAGGAGCUGGUGAGCGACGAAAACCCGCCCAGGUACGACGCGUACAACUGGGGCGAGUUCUUCAGCACCAGGAAGAACAGCAACUUCAAGAAGCUCGCCGUAGAGAACGUCCAGAUCGCGCAUUUCAGGAAGGACCUCAAGUCCAUCGCGUAGUAUACAAAUUCAUCAUGAAUCUUCGGUGAUCACCUACAAGCCAUGUCGUCAUUUGUGUGAUAUAAAUAACGGGCGGUUCUAUAGUA